CUCUACCCAAUGCUUUCGUGAUGCUGCCGCUGAUCUAUUUGGGAAGUUGGCUGGCUGGCGAGGCAGAGCCUCUCCUCAAAGCCCGGCUCCCACGGAAAAUAUGCUCAGUGCAGCCGCGUGCAUGAAUGAAAACGCCGCCGGGCGCUUCUAGUCGGGCAAGAUGCAGCCGAGAACUCCGUUCGUCCUGUGCGUUCUCCUGUCCCAGGUGCUGCUGCUAACAUCUGCAGAAAAUUUGGACUGCACCCCUGGAUUUCAGCAGAAAUUAUUCCAUAUCGAACAGCCAGCUGAAUUCAUCAAGGACCAGUCGAUUCUAAACUUGACCUUCAGUGACUGUAAGGGAAAUGACAAGCUACGCUAUGAGGUCUCAAGCCCAUACUUCAAGGUGAACAGUGAUGGCGGCUUAGUUGCCUUGAGAAACAUAACUGCGGUGGGCAGGGCUCUGUUUGUCCAUGCACGGACCCCCCAUGCAGAAGACAUGGCAGAACUGGUGAUCGUCGGGGGCAGAGAUAUCCAGGGCCCCUUGCAGGAUAUAUUUAAAUUUGCAAGAACUUCUCCAGUCCCAAGACAAAAGAGAUCCAUUGUGGUAUCUCCCAUUUUAAUUCCAGAGAAUCAGAGACAACCUUUCCCAAGAGAUGUUGGCAAGGUAGUCGACAGUGACAGACCAGAAGGGUCCAAGUUCCGGCUCUCUGGGAAGGGCGUGGAUCAAGAGCCUAAAGGAAUCUUUAGAAUCAAUGAGAACACCGGUAGUGUCUCUGUGACACGGACCUUGGACCGAGAAACGAUGGCUACUUACCAACUCUUUGUGGAGACCACUGAUGUCAAUGGCAGAACUCUCGAGGGACCCGUCCCUCUGGAAAUCAUCGUGAUUGAUCAGAAUGACAACAGACCGAUCUUUCGGGAAGGCCCCUACGUCGGCCACGUCAUGGAGGGGUCACCUACAGGGACCACGGUGAUGAGGAUGACAGCUUUUGACGCGGAUGACCCCGCCACCGAUAAUGCCCUCCUGCGGUAUAAUAUCCGCCAGCAGACGCCUGACAAGCCAUCUCCCAACAUGUUCUACAUCGAUCCUGAGAAAGGAGACAUUGUCACCGUCGUGUCACCUGCGCUGUUGGACCGGGAGACCCUGGAAAAUCCCAAGUAUGAAUUGAUCAUUGAGGCCCAGGAUAUGGCUGGGCUAGACGUUGGAUUAACAGGCACAGCCACCGCGACAGUCAUGAUUGAUGACAAAAAUGAUCACUCACCAAAAUUCACCAGGAAAGAGUUUCAAGCCACAGUGGAGGAAGGAGCCGUGGGAGUGAUCGUCAACUUAACCGUUGAAGACAAGGACGACCCCACCACGGGCGCGUGGCGGGCCUCCUACACCAUCAUCAACGGGAACCCAGCGCAGAGCUUUGAAGUGCACACCAACCCUCAAACCAACGAGGGCAUGCUGUCCGUAGUCAAGCCUCUGGACUACGAGAUCUCCGCCUUUCACACCCUGCUGAUCAAGGUGGAGAACGAGGACCCUCUGGUCCCCGACGUCUCCUACGGCCCCAGUUCCACGGCGACGGUGCACAUCACCGUCCUGGAUGUCAACGAGGGCCCCGUCUUCUACCCGGACCCCAUGAUGGUGACCAGGCGGGAGAACAUCUCCGCGGGCAGCGUGUUGUUGACGGUGAACGCCACGGACCCCGACUCCCUGCAGCACCAAACCAUCAGAUAUUCUGUGUACAAGGACCCGGCAGGCUGGCUGAACAUCAACCCCAUCAAUGGGACCGUUGACACCAUGGCCGUGUUGGACCGCGAGUCCCCAUUUGUCCACAACAGCGUCUACACCGCCCUCUUCCUGGCAAUCGACAGUGGCGACCCUCCUGCUACUGGCACUGGCACUCUGCUGAUAACUCUGGAAGAUGUUAAUGACAAUGCCCCCAUCAUUUACCCCACGGUAGCCGAAGUCUGUGAUGACGCCAAAGACCUCAGUGUCGUCGUUUUGGGAGCUUCAGACAAGGAUCUUCACCCAAAUACAGAUCCUUUCAAAUUUGAAAUCCACAAACAGGCUGUUCCUGACAAAGUCUGGAAGAUCUCCAAGAUCAACAAUACGCACGCCCUGGUAAGCCUUCUGCAAAAUCUGAACAAAGCAAACUACAACCUGCCCAUCAUGGUGACAGAUUCAGGGAAACCACCCAUGACGAACAUCACAGACCUCAGGGUGCAAGUGUGUUCCUGCAAGAAUUCCAAAGUGGACUGCAACGCAGCGGGGGCCCUGCACUUCAGCCUGGCCUCACUCCUGUUCAUCUCCCUCUUCAGCUUAGCUUGUCUGUGAGAACUCCUGACAUCUGAAGCUUCACUAUCAAGUUUCCAUAGCAACAGGAAAAAGAAAAAAAAAUCCAAAUCUGGAGACUGCAGUUUACAGUUCUUGAACUCCACAACUAGGCCUCAAUUGUUCUAGAUUUUAAUUUUCUUUGCAAUUUCACUUAGUCUGUACAUCACCAGUUUUGAUAGCAUCUUCCUUUAUCCUUUAAUUAAUGGAAUCCUCUGAAUUUUUCCUGAAUGUUUAAAGAUCAUGACAUAUAACUUGACCUUUUGGGAGCAGGAACAAUGACUACUUUUCCUGAUGUGUUGACAUGUGGCUAGUCAGUGUGUCACACGUUCAGCUGUCUGUGGGUUAGUACUUGUAUAUGUAUGAGUUUCUGUAUGUGUAUAUACACAGUAUUUAUACGGAGAGACUAUUCAGGAGAAGCCUACUUUUGAUAUAUCGUUCUUCCUUAAGAGGUUAAACAAAGAAGGGACCGAAGCUAAGACAGCUGAACCUUCCAGGGCUCGGCAUCCAGCUCAACCCUAGCACAGAACACAGAGCUGACCCUUCCACCCGGAUGUUGCUUCUCCAACAUCCCAAUCAGUCCCAACACUGGCACAGCCAGCCAGGCAGGUCCACAGACAGGGAGAGCAGAGAAAGAAGUUGCUUCCCGUUAGCAUGAGGAGCUCUACAGCCAAUUCCACUGCCAUCCCGCAUGCCAUGAUCCCAAGCAAAAGUGGUGGAGGAGCAGAGCAGGAAACGUUACCACCAAAUGCCGAGAAAAGGGCUGACAUACUCUUUCAUGGGCAUCCGCCUGCAUUUCCAUGUGUCCUGCAUCCACAAGUCCCACUGGUCACUACAGGGCACCGGCCGUGGUCAGACUCUCUCCCUCCUCGGUAUUUGGAAAUGUCAUCCUGGAGGUCAUACACACAGAGGAAGAAUCAGCAGCUACCAUCCUGGCUACACACACAUGCCCACAUGUACAGACAGACAUUUAUGCACCUACACACAGUUUGUUUCAUAUACCCAUGCAUAAACUAGAGUAAAUACAGGUAGUUUUAAAAGUAACCUUUUGUGUGAAUCGACUACCGUUGUUUGCAAACCUGAAAAUAAAAGAUGUUCGCUAUGUAUGAAAAGUAAUUGAUUUUUAUUCUGUGAGCAUGUGAAAGUAAGAGGAAGGUUAGUGCUUGUACUAAGAUUAUCUUCUUGUUGAUAAACUGUAAAUGAACCAUCAAAGCUCACACCAAAUUUUUAUAUCAAAUAAAACUAGUGACAGCCUGCGGCUUUUUAUUAGAGCUCGCCACGAACUAGGGUAAGUGUCUUAGCAUAUUUUAAUGCAGUUGCUUACUAAAGGUUUUAACCACAUGCGCGCACACACAUGCUUCCUUAUGCAAUCUAUGUUUGCACCUGUGCUUUUCAGUUAGCCUUCUAUAGGAAGUAGAAGUCAUAUGUUGUCUUUAUUGUAGUGAAAUUAUGCAGAUAGAGUUCCAUAUAUUGUAUUUGUUUCAAUAGUAAAUCUUUUUGGAACCAUAUAGAAUGCAGAGAUUUUUUUUCCAUGAAAUAAAUGGGUAUUGGUGGUUACAA